UUGAACACAACCACCACCAUGCCAUUCAAGAGUUUGAAACGACUCUUCAGCAAGAAGAAGAAACCCUCGAAACCAGCUGUAUCGAAUACUUUACCGAUCAUUCCAGAGUCAGGCAACGAUUCUGCAGAGGUCGCGGCGAUCCAACUCCUUCGUUCUUCCUCCGCCCGUUAUGCCGUGGUCAGAGAGCUUGAUUAUACGUCCCUCCCUCCAAUAUCACAUCCAAUCAACCGUGUUCUUCCAACCCCACCAACAAGUUCGACUGCGAGUCUCGCAAGCGCGACAAGUAGCAUUAACAGCACACGGGGAACAUACACGGUCAAAGUCCACCAACGUCGGCGGCAUACCUCGACUGAAUUCCCCAACGCCAACUGUGAUCUAGAACCUGGGCCCCUACGGCAGAACAAUAACAGUCAGUUACUGGGGCUGCGCUCAGACCCGUCCGUCGCAAGUCUCCUUCAACUCUAUGAUGAACAUGGACAGCUGCCAACUGGGGCAUUCUCAAACUCUCCGCCCAGAGAGGGCCGUGCACAAGUCGCCAGGAGCGGUUCGACGCUGCGUCAGCUGUUAGGGAAUCCAUUACCUGUGCCGGGAUUGGAUACUAGCGACCUCGGCGAUAUAUCUUGGGCAGAACAAUUCCUUGGGGAAACUGAAAGCAUCGCAUCGACUGUGUCGUCACCAGGAAUUACCACACCACCAACUGAUGCUCGUUUUGCAUUCCAAGACCCUCGGAUCGAAGAUGCUUCAACAACCGUUUUUGAAAACGCAGGUAUAUCAUCGCUAGAAGUCGAGCUUAGUGACGUAGUCGAAACUCCACCACGAACUACGAGCAACCGAAGCCCGUAUGCUGUAGCUGGUCCAAGCACGCCUCAGCGAGCCUCACAGGUGUUUGGAUUCCUGACGAAGCGCCGUCAGUCGAAGGAUGUUGAUGAUGAUGACCAACGGUCCCUACCAGAUUUGCCUAGUGCCUUGAGCUCGCCUUCUAGUGAAGAAAUAUCCCCUCCAGCAGACCGUUCUCGCUCCCAUUUCUCAUCAGGCAGUGGCAGUACGAGGUCUAACUCGAGGCCUUCAACGCCAACCGACAUAUCAAGCAAGCCAGCAAACGAUGUCCAUGUCCUUUUGCCCCAUGGCCCUACGAAAGUCAUUGUCACAGCUCCAACACCAUCUCAGCACCAUGACACUCUGAUGCCUAGGCCCCUUCGUGGUCCUCGAGCACAUCAUAGACAACGCUCAAGUCAGUAUGGCCAUCGCGAUCUCUAUACCACACUCCCAGCUCGUCGGCAUGUGUCACGUGGUUCGCAUCGCAGCUCUCUUGGGUCGAUCUCGGUUACGCAGGUUGACCAACAACCUGCAACCCCAAGCAGAGAAAGAGACGAGACGCCAAAGAAGGGCAAACGGAGAUCAAUCCUGGCGGUGUUCGAAAAGGAAAACCACAUGUUGACUGCAAAGCAAGAGUUGCCACGGACGCCAAUUCGGUCAGGUUCCAUCUCACGCCCAUUGCCACAUCGAGGAUCGUUGAGAGCUUCUCCAGCGAAGUCCCUAGAGCUAUCGGAGACGGGGAAAAGAAUGAUGGCCGAAGAAAGGGUCAAGGGCUACAGUCGAUAUUUUUAG